CCCGUUAUUGUCCGAGCUACAGUAAGUUACUAUGCUGGAUACGAUCUGAAAACUUCCUGUUCCGGGGAAGCUCAAAAAAGUGUAUUAAUACUUCGGUAUACUAGGCGCAAAAGCUAAAUUCAUUAUCACCUCACCGCAAUCCAAUAUUAAUUGAUAAAAUAGCUGCAAGACAUUCUUCUAUGACCUUUUUGUUUCGACGGAAAUAAAUAUAUGUUGUCACUCUUCCAGUGUCCAUGUUAUGUGGUUAUGCUGAACAUUUUUAGGCCUACACAGAAAUUCACACGGCAGGAGGGGCAGAUUAUACGCGGAUCAACAAGGAGAGAGUAUUGUUGAUCGAGGGGGUUGAGUCCUUCGGUCUGAUGUUGAGUGUGACAGGUAUAUUCUUUGGAACCGACAAUCAUGGUAUCACCCUUCGAUGCAAACGAUACUCCUAUAUGGUUCUUUGGUGGAAUUUCUCGAAAUGAAGCAGAGAUGCGGUUGAAGGAUAAGCGUCCGGGAAUAUUCUUAAUUCGUGAAAGUAACACAAGUCCUGGUUCAUUUGUUCUUUGUGUAAGUGAAAACUGCAAAGUAUCUCAUUACAUUAUCAAUAAACGUGGCGAGAAGUACCAGAUUGGAGAUCAAGAAUUUAAAAGCUUACCAGAUAUUAUACAGUUCUACAAACUUCAUUUUUUAGACACAACAACACUUGUAGAACCGAGUCCGAAAGGUCCAAUUGUUCCACCAGAAUCUCCAUCAACUACCUUUGCUCCUGCGGGUGUCCCAACUGCAGGCGGAGAACUUGUUAUUGCUUUAUAUGAUUUUAAGGGAAAGGAUGAGGAAGACUUACCAUUUAACAAAGGAGAUAUUUUAACUGUUAUUAGGAAAGAUGAAGAACAGUGGUGGACUGCAGUUCAUCCAGCAACAGGAGCAAAGGGUGCUAUACCUAAACCAUAUGUCGAAAAGGUGAGUUGAUCAAAAACUUUAAAA